CAUCGCCGCGCGACCGCUUUCUGGGAUCCCGCAGUGGAAGUUGAUCAUAAUGGCAGGUGGAGAAAUUAAUGAAGACUAUCCAAUAGAAAUUCAUGAGUAUUUAUCAACAUUUGAGAAUUCCAUUGGUGCUGUGGAUGAUAUGCUGAAGACCAUGAUGUCUGUUUCUAGAAAUGAGUUGUUGCAGAAGUUGGACCCACUUGAACAAGCAAAAGUGGAUUUAGUUUCUGCUUACACAUUAAAUUCAAUGUUUUGGGUUUAUUUGGCUACUCAGGGAGUUAAUCCUAAGGAACAUCCAGUGAAGCAGGAAUUGGAAAGAAUCAGAGUGUACAUGAACAGAGUCAAGGAAAUAACAGAUAAGAAGAAGGCUGGCAAGCUGGAUAAAGGCGCAGCUUCAAGAUUUGUGAAAAAUGCACUCUGGGAACCCAAACCCAAGCAUGCAUCAAAAGUUGCCAAUAAAGGGAAAACUAAAAAUUAACCUUUUGUUUCUUAUGUACAUAUAUUCAAAAAGUUUUUUUGUUCUUUUUUUGUUCUUUUUUUGUUCUUUCCCACUUAUGUGGUAAAGUUUUAAAUAUGUUCUUUAUUGAAUUAUAUAUAAAAUGUGCAUUUUAAAUUUGUAAUGUUAAUUACUUCUUUUCCCCAGAAAGAUUAAGUUAUGUUUAUUGAAUUUCCUAUAGAUAAUCAUAAGGUUUCUAACAUUGUGGUAUAUUUUAUAUUUAUAGUUUGCCAUCUCACCUGACAAGACUCAUUUCCUUAUAUAGGUCAGUCUCUCAAGUUCCAUUUUAUAAGCAGCUAUGAAAGUUAAUUUUAAUGUCCUCUGUAAACAUUUGCCUAUAAAUUAAUAAUGGCUUGAUCAAGUUUACUAUAUGAAGACUGAAGUUAAAAAUACCUUAUUUUCAUUGUAAUGAAUGAAAUACUUAGAUGUUUAUAUUUUUUGGUUAUUUUUUACUGUAUUGUGUUUUUAUUUGGGGACUUCCUGCUUUUUUGAUACUUGUGUAAAAUUAAAACUCUUAAGGCAAUUCUUUUAAUUCUUGGCACUUUGUCUCUCUACUCCAUUUAAAGCAAAUAUAUCAUUAACUUUAGAUGGAAAUAAGGUUGUAUAUUCAUGGCGGAAUUUUGUCACAAUAACAGUGCCCUCUCAAUAAAGGUGGUAUAUGUUGUGUAGUUGAUCUGCCUGUGUUUUGAGUAAAUUUUCCCUUGAACUGAGGAAGACAGGUUUUAGAAAUUAUUUAAGGUAGAGAAAUCCGGGAGUGUUUGUGCUGCGUGAUUCCCAAGUUCUCAUAGACUACUUUUUCAGGUUUAUUUUUUUCUUGCAUAUGUGUUCUUGAAGUUUAUCAAGUAUAUACAAGUGUUUUGGAACAACCUUUUAUUUUAUAUAAUGUCACUUAAGCAAAGGAGAAAUCCAAAGGGGAUUAUACCGUGCUUAUAUUUUUAUUUUUCUGGAAUAUUUGUAACAGUUCUGUAUAUCAGAAAUUUUUUGUAUCUAUGACUACAAAAUUUAAUUAUAUGCCUUUAAUGCUUUUAGUCUUUGAAUUCACAUAAUUAUAUAUAAGAAUGCCAAGUACAGUAAAGUACUUUAAUUUUUGAAAAAGAAGUUGUUAAAAUUCUCUGUGUGAUUAAUUCUCCAUAAGUAACCUUGAAUAAAUGGAUUUCUUGAUUUAUGGUAACAGAUAUUGGAAAUGGUCUUAAAAUGUAAUGGAUUUUGUAAAACAUGUUGAACUCUUUCUAUGACACAUGAAGAGGAAGUCACUGAUAGAUGCAGAAAGUCUUUUGGCUCAGAUGUCAGACAAUUUUUGAAGUGGAAGAACAUUUAUAGUAUUUCCUUUUUUAACUUUCGUACUCUCAAAGUUUUAGUUUUUUAAGAAAAUAACUUCUUCAAGAGAGAAGUAAAUGUUCUUAAAUCAAGAUUAGUAUAAAAGUGUUGCAAAGAAUCUUCUAAAACAAUUCUGUAUAUUUUCAAGUUUUAUAGAAGGAAAAAAAGAUGAAAAAUGCCAUACUUCACUGGUAUAAAAUUAGACAAAUUAUUAAUUUGUGAAAGUCCAGCAUUGUAUUCUGUUAAAUUGAGAUUUUUAGGUGAAUAAUUCUUUCAGUGUUUAUUAUUAGGAAUAAAAAUACUUUGUAUGUCCCCUUAUUAUGUACAAUUUAAAAACUUAUUAUUUUGUGCAUAGUGAACUUAAUGGUGGCAGUGCUUUGGGUUACUCUUGUUUAUUAAUUUCAGAGAUAUUUAAUAUUUAUCUUGCCAAAUGCUGUGCUAGUCUCAAAAUAAGGACUCCUGUCUUUAGUUAUUUUAAAGAAAUAGAAUAAAAAUUAUCAGAAAAUUA